GAUUCUCUUCUUUAAACAGUCGUUCGAACUUUGGAGUUCAUCUUCAGAAUAAGUCAAAGACAAAAAUUCAGAUAAGCACAGCUAUGUCCUGCUGGAAGGCUAAGAAAAGCAAUGAGUUUCAAUCAAUCACUUCCACAUGCAGAAGAAAGGCACACGACCCUCGGGGCUCCCGGGGGCUCCUCGGGACACCUCGGGACUCCUCAGGGCUCUCCGGAACUCCUCGGGGCUCCCCGGAACUCCUCGGGACUCCUCGGGCUCCUCAGGGCUCCUCAGAACUCCUCAGGACUCCGUAGGGCUCCUCGGGGCUCCGCGGGUUUCCUUGGGGCUUCUCAGGGCUCCUCGGGACUCAGCGGGGCUCCCCGGAACUCCUCGGGGCUCCCCGGAACUCCUCGGGGGUCCUCGGGACUCCUCGGGUUUCCCUGGGGCUCCUCAGGGCUCCUCGGGACUCCGCGGGGCUCCCCGGGGCUACAGGCCGGAGAGGGCGUGGGCGCUGGCCAGCCCCGAACCGCUCCGGGGCCUCCCGCCGCCCCCAGUCUGCCGGACCCGCUAGCCCCGCCGCCUGCCCGCCCGCCGCGCUCACCGGCCGCUACGGGGCCGUCGCUGGCAUAGCCCCCGCCGCUCUGAGACGCGUCGUUCUCGGCCGCCGCCGCCGCACAGCAGGUUCCGCGCAGCCCGGGCGGGACACGUGACGGACCGACUUCCGGUCCGCUCCACGGUACUGAGUGGUCCUCUCUGGUGUUCGAGGCCAGGUUUUAGCAGCUGUUUGCCCCAAGAUGAGUUUGGUGUUGAGAAAUCUGCAGCGAGCAGUUUGGCUCAGGAGAGCGCCUCUUCGCAGGAGAAUGGAGAUGGUGAGGCAAAUUUUAGGGGUGCAGAAAUUCGACGUGGCCAUCAUCUGUGUCGACAACAAAGAGAUCCAGCACAUUAAUAGAAUCUACAGAAAGAAAGACGUCCCCACUGAUGUGCUUUCUUUUCCAUAUCAUGAGAAUCUGAAAGCAGGGGAAAUUCCCCUGCCUGACUUCCCAGCUGACUACGACCUGGGGGACAUUUUCCUGGGCGUGGAGUACAUCUCCCAGCAGUGCAGAGGUGCUGAGGAUUUCUACGAUGUCCUCACCGUUACCGCCACCCAUGGACUGUGUCACCUGCUAGGCUUCACACACAGCACAGAGGCUGAGUGGCAGAAGAUGUUCCAGAAGGAGAAACAGGUCCUGGAGGAGCUGAGCCGGCACAUGGGGACCCGGCUGCAGCCCCUGACCCGGGGCCUCUUCUGAUGGGAGCUCACAGGUGCAGGCACGUGAGCACAUGCUGGACUCUGGCACAAUGAGACGAGAGAUUGGCUGGGCUGGGCUCCCCCAAACCCUGCUCCGUUCUGCCUGUUGUCGCACAGGCCUGAACCUAGCUCCAGCUUCUGUUCUUAAACAGUGGACACUGGUCUCAUGUCAAAAUAAAGCUGCUCUGAGCACAACUUCCUCACCGACGGGAGAGGCGUUGCUGCA